ACACGCGUGCAUUUAAACGAACAGCUGCUUUGGGUCAGGCAUUUGUCCAGUCAGCUGGUUUGAGCGGUCCUCGUGAUGUAAACAAGGGUCCUUUGACAAAAUAUGGAGCUGAUCUACACAAUGGUAACCUGAGAGAGGAAAAAAAAAAAAGAAAAUAAAGAUGAAAAUACCAAAAAGAAAACUAUUCCUUCUCAUUAUUUUUGCGUAUGUGGCAUUUUCACUCUACGCUGCGUACAAUGUCUUCUUCAGCACCAAAGUGAUCUCCCGCGUUCACAGGGUGGUGAAGAAAGAGACAGGAGCGCCGGGUGGUGUCAGAGAUGGCGGUGCUGCUCCGUUUCUGGCGGAGGAUUGGAAUCCGUGGGAAGACGAGCAGGUGGAGUACAACUCAGCUCUGAACAAGAAGAGAGAGGCCUUCAAACAACACCUGGAUCGAAUAAACAAGAACAAACCCAAAAGGUUCAAGGUCCAAAUCUGGGGGAAAGCUGCGAUAGGGCUUUACCUUUGGGAACAUAUUUUAGAGGGACCCCUCAACCCUACUGACAAGGUAGCACAAUGGAGAGAAGGAGAGCUGCAAUCAGGAAAUAUCGAUUUCAGUUUCUACACAGGUCCGGCUGUGGUCCAGGGUCAUGUCCCUGUGGAUAUGAACAGUCUGGUUCUGGUUCUGAAUGGCCGCGAGCAGCAGAAGGUCUCAUACUCCACACGGUGGCUCGAACAUGCCCAAUCCUUGAUACAGUCCCGCAAGGUGUCACAUGUGGCCGUGGUCCUGCUGGGCAAUGAGCACUGCAACAAUGACUGGAUCGGCCCGUAUUUAAAGAAAAAUGGUGGCUUUGUGGAGCUGCUGUUUGUGGUGUAUGACAGUCCCUGGGUCAACGACAAGGAUGUCUUCCAGUGGCCACUUGGUGUUGCCACAUACAGGCAGUUUCCUAUGAUCAGGCCUAAUGCUCAACUGAUCACCUCCAACAGACCAUACCUCUGCAAUUUCCUAGGAACUGUUUACAAAAAUUCCUCCAGAGAAACUCUCAUGCAGGUGCUGAAACAAUCUGGCCUGGAUAAGGAAUGCAUCACAACUGCCAGGGAGAAGUGGCUGCCUCAGGAGACAGCAGACAGUCUAAGACGCUAUCAGACAGCUUUGGCCCAGAGCGAGCUCACUCUCUGCCCAGUCGGGAUCAACACAGAAUGCUACCGCAUCUACGAGGCCUGCUCUUAUGGCUCAGUGCCCGUGGUGGAAGAUGUACUGACACCUGGGACCUGUGCGGCGGGGCCCAGCUCCCCGCUACAUCUGCUCAAAGCCGCAGGAGCACCCUUCAUCUUCAUCAAUGACUGGAAAGAACUGCCGGCCAUUUUGGAGAGGGAGAGGAGGAUGAGCCAGGAGCAGAGGGUGGACAGGAGGAGGAGGCUGUUGGAGUGGUAUGCCGGCUUCCGUCAGCAGAUGAAGGAGAGGUUCACUGAGGUCAUCGAGGAGACUUUUUUCAAAAGCGGCUGACCGUGCUGUUUAAUUAACAAACCUUUAAAAGAUAAACAGGGGUAAACGUUAUAUAUGGAUUAUUGAUUUUAUUUAUUUUGUGGUUUGUGGAGAAAUGUGACAUACUACUGGUGUCGUGAAGAUGAUUAUGUUCAGCAUAAUAUUCCUGUGCGGGUUAUUAGAAGUUCAUUAAUAUGUGUAGCAAAGUGUAAAAGUUGCCAUUACUAGUCAGUAAAGGACCCCAUGACAUUACUGUUUAGUUAUAAUCUUAAUGUUUACAAUGGUGGAAUGUCCAGGUGUUUUUUGAAAUAAUAAACGAUAAACUGCCUUUUGAAUUUUAAAUUCCUCAUAUGAUUUCAACGGUUUUAUAUCUCUGUUUUAUUUCUUAUUAAACUUAUUAUUAUUGUGAUAAGGAAACACUAAACUUUAGGUGUAGAAUGAGACAGUGAUGUGGUUGUAGGCCUUGUUUGGAAAUGGUACAUAGAGCUAUAUUGUAUCGUGAGAAGCUUGAAAAUGAAUGUUGUUGCUGUGGCAUGUGUUACCUUUAUGAUCAAAAUAGAACAAAAACAUUUCUUCUUUGUUAUAUUUAUUUUUAGUACCGUGCUGCAUGGAUUUUUUUUUUUUUUUUUUAAGAAAGUGCAAUAUAAUAAACUGGAAU